GUGCCAUUCGUUUUUGUUACUUUAUUCUUUCGUUCUAAGUUUGAUACUUACUUUCGUUCAAGGUAACCUUCAUCCAUCUACCUGGACUACUGUCAUACUGACAAGUGUACGUAGAUGAAAAUCACUCAAGCCUCCGCAGCGGCAGCCCUCGCCCUCAGCGCCUCCGCCAUCCCCAUCCCCUGCCUCCUCCCCUUCCUCGGCUGGGGCUCCGGCAGCGGUAGCUCCGACCUAGGCGGUUCCCUCGGCGGCAGCGCCAGCGGAUCCGGAAGUGCCGGUGGCGACCUGGGUCUCGGUCUUGGUCUUGGUGGUUCUGGUAGCGGAAGUGCCAGCGCUACUGGCUCCGGUGCUGCUGCUGCUAGUGGCUCUGCUGGUGCGGACGCUGGUGGAUGGGGUGACCUUGGCGCUGCUCUUGGCCUUGGUGGUUCGGGCAGUGGAAGUGCCUCUGGAAGCGCCUCUGGUGAGGGCGAAGGUGAAGGUGAAGGCGAGGCCGGUGCCAGCGGAACUGCCUCCGGCGGUGCAACCGGUACUGCCAGCGGUGGUCUCGGCGCGGGCGCCAGUGGCAGCGCUGGCCUUGGCGGAUCUGCUAGCGGUGGUGCCUCCUUGGGUGGUAGCGGCAGCGCUGGUCUCGGACUUGGUCUCGGUGGAAGCGGAAGCGGCAGCGCUGGUCUUGGUGCUAGCGGUACUACCGGUGGUGGUGCCAGUGCCAGCGGAACUGCAUCUGGAGCUGCUGGUGCAGGUGCCAGUGGCAGUGCUGGCCUUGGUGGAAGCGCUGGUCUCGGUGGUUCUGCUGGUCUUGGAGGAUCCGCCGGCCUUGGAGGAUCUGCUGGUGGUAGCGCCGGCGGUGACGCUGGUGUGAGUGCUUCUGGCAGCGGAGAUACUGGAGCUACUGGUACUACUUCUGGUGGUGCAAGCGGAACUGCCUCGGGCGCUGCUGGUGCAGGUGCCAGUGGAAGCGCUGGACUGGGUGCCUCUGCUAGCGGAUCUGCUGGUCUUGGUGGAAGUGCCGGUCUUGGAGGAUCCGCUGGUGGCAGCGCUGGCGGCAGUGCUGAAGGUAGCGGCAGCGGCAGCGGUGACACUGGAGUGAGCGCAUCUGGAAGUGACAGCGGAGAUACCGGAGCCAGCGGAACCACCACUGGCGGUGCUAGCGGAACUGCAUCUGGAGCUGCCGGUGCUGGAGCUAGCGGCAGUGCAGAACUCGGCGGAUCUGCCAGCGGAAGUGCCGGUCUUGGAGGAAGUGCCAGCGGCAGCGGAGACAUCGGAGCCGGAGCCAGCGGAGAUGCCAGCGGAGACGCCAGUGGUGAUGCCAGCGGUGAUGCCAGCGGAGACAGCGGAGACAGCGGAAGUGACAGCGGCGACGAAGGAGUCAGCCCCAUCAGCGGAACCCCCACCACCGACUCAUCCCCCAGCUUCACCACCAGCGUCAGCGCCUCAACCAGCGUCAGCCUCCCCGGUGGCGGCGCCUCCGCUGAAGCAUCCGGCAGCGCAUCCAUCGACGGCAAAGGAAGCGGCAGUGUUGGUCUCGGAGCCAGUGGCAGCGGAAGUGUCGGAGCUGACGCCGGGGCAGGUGGUAGCGCGAGCGGCGGCGCCUCGGGCAGUGCGUCUGCAAGCGCUGAUUCCUCUGCUAGUGCUGGGGCCAGUGCUUCUGGCAGCGCUGAUGCCAGUGUUAGCGUUACUGCUGGAGCUUCUGCUUCUUUGAGCGCUAGCUUUUAGAUGUUGAGGCGUUUUCAACCGAAAUAUCCAGUAAUUGAUUAUCUGGCAGGUUAUCACCUUUAAUAUGGUUUGAAUUGGAAUUGGAAUCUGGUCAUUCGUUUAUAUUUGUCGAUGGAAGAAUGUAAUGUAUGGAAUUGGUAAUCGGUGAUCGCCACCUUGUUUGCUAUACUUUUGUUUUUAUAUAUAGAAGCCUAUCACUCUUUUGCUUCUCAAAAUCAAGCAUAUUUCUCAG